AUGGCUUUGUACAACGAUUUGGUAGAGCCCGAGCCGGACGCAGAGACCCAAGAGGCGAUCGCGAUUGUCCAAAAUGCACAUCACAGCACAGGAAGCGGAGAUACAUCGAACAGGUCGACCACUACUACCUCUACGCGACCCCCGCCAGCAGAGUUGAAAAGGGAAAUUUCCGACACCAUCGAGAACUGCAAGCAGCUGUCCACGCAGGUUACCACUGCCAACCAAAACACGGGCGCGUUUGGGGACGGCCGGCCCGGGAACAUUUACAACUUCAUGUACCGGGGCAUGUUCGAGUAUGGAGGAGUUGGCCAACGUUACACUCUCAACUGUUACAUGAAUGUGUAAUGCAAGACUGGCAAAAAUGCAAGGCGGAAGAUUGCGCCUCUUGCAUUACAAGUUUGGCGCAGAUUGUAAUUAUGCUAUCCAGUGGUGCGUCGAGAACUUGUCAUGCCAAGAAGCUUGAGCAUGUAGACAUGUAAUUGGAAUUUUGCAUGACAAAUUCAUUGUAACAGUUGAGAGUGUAACGUUUGAGAACCCCAUAUCGAGAAAACUGUCGGAGAGCUCCAAACGAUAACGUCGGGGACCGCCAGACGAAAACAGGUGACGCAGGGAAUGGUGGAGGAAGCGUACAACUACAAUCAGGGAAACAAGAAUUUGAAUUUCAUCGCUGGUGGUGCGCAACACCAAGAGGGAAAUGAACCACCUGCGGACCACGUUGAAACGAGUGCUAGUCCACCCAGUAGUGCCGCUCCUACAUCAGGAGGUGCCAACAUACUUGCAGCUACAAGCUCCGCUGUGGAUGAGGAAGAAGAAGGUGCGCCGUCAUUUAUGGGAGCGGAAGAGCCCGACGGCCAUCUUGCUGACGAGGAUCGUUUCGACGAUUUGUCGCAAAUUCUUACGACAUCAAGCAUUCCAUCCGCACCACCCGCGACCACGUCCACCGCAAAAGCGUCGAACCACGACCCAAAUUAUGCCGUAGGAGGGACGAGCUCGAGCAAGAAACAAAUCAUUGACCAAACCCGGCUCGCGCUGCAGGAGGACCAGAAGCACUGCUCGAUGCAAAAAUCGCUGGAAUUCACGAAAACCUAUUUUCCCAUCCCGAUCGACCUGAUUCACACGGGGUGCCGCGUGCACAAGGUGCAGAACGUAGGAAUCUGCAUCGCGAACAACACGGUGCUGGAUUUCCGGUCGCGCCAGAUGGACACGCGGGUGUGGGGCGAACAAGGGUGGGACGAAAAGCGGUUUCCCAACCAAAAAAACGACACCAACCUGGCAAUCGACGAGGAUCCGAAAAAGGGAAUCCUGAUCGCGGAGCAGGCUUUGGAAAGCACCGGCAUGAUAUCCAGGAAAAAACACUCAUUCACAUCCAAUUUGUCAUGCAAAACAUACAUAAAAUCCUGUGUCUGUCAUGCAAAAAAUGGAUGUGGAUGGGUUUUUUUCUGUGGAUACAUGAGCGCCGCCGGCGUGCAGGUAGACAGCUCGGGGGGGAAAGCUGUAUUGAAGAUGUCCCCGGGCGGGAGUGAAGUAGAUCAUGCUGGUGAAGAACAAGGAGCUGCAGAAGAGCAACAGCCGCUGCACCGUAGUUCAGAAGUAGAAGGAGGGACCUCCUCGUCGUCCACAUCUGAGGACGAUGUUGAAAAGGAACAGCCUGACGGCACGAAGUACCUGGAACAGGACCGCGCCUGGGGCGACCACGCGCACGGGCUCUUUUUGCGGAACCAGAUACGGUAUCACAUGCAAAUAUGUCUGGGUCUGGGAGAGUGCGAGAUUUGUCAUGCUAGUCUGGCAUGACUUUGGGCUCUGUAUUGCGUGGCCGCAAAGACCUCCGUUGCCUGUCAUGCAAAACGCAGUUUGUAAUGCGGAAUCCGUGGCAACUCAGAAGCACGGAAAAAUUUGUCAUGCGUGGCAGCGCAUUGCUGUGUGCUCAUUGUUCCCUGACAUGCAUUACAUGUUUCCAGACCCAGACAUAUUUGCAGUUGAUAUACGGCGACAGCUGAAGGUGUCGCACCUGUGCAACGAGUGGGGCCGGCACACGCUGUGGGCGAACACGCGGAACGUGCUGCACAAAUCGUCGGAAAACACCAGCCCAGCGCCGAUGUUGAAGUUGUCAUCUGGUGGAGAAGAAGAGCAGAAGAAAAUUUCAGACGAUCAAGCGGAUGUCGAAGGAGGAGCGGUGGACUUGGAGGAAUUCGAGCAUGAUGAUGCGGACCUAGCGCUGAAAGCCAGAUUCGGCUUUGUUGCACAACCGAGUGGCUCCGCAUCCACUUCUACAGGUGAAAGUGCUAGUACCGCGCAGCAGGCGCAGGACCGACAAAACCGCCCAAGAACAGCGACGCCACUGUCAAAAUUGAAACACCGAUUUGCUACGGAAUUGGAAAGAUUGGAAAGUAAAGCAAAAGCGGCGGAAAUAAACGAGGGACCAAAUGGAAAAGCCCGAUCAAAAGAGGAGCUGCAAAAAUCUCUUCCUGGGAUGAUGAAAAAGAAGCGCCGCCGCGAUAUCAAUUUCCAUGCGUACGACCAAGCGAGACAGCCGCGCGUGCUGCAAAAGUCGACGUGGAUCGUGUCUGUGCCGAUGGUGGAGCUGAACAUGAGCCAUUUUUUCCUUUUUUUCACCCAAAUCUUGUCAGACGCGCCGAUCCGGAUCGGCUUCGAAAAGCUGCAGUAUCUUAUCCAAGAAAAAAACUGUGUAAGUGUAACUUUUCUGCAGGAACAGCAUCACAGAUUUGUUUUGCAUGGCAGAAGACCUAAUAUCAUGCGUAGCUAGUACGCGAAAUAAACACGUUAUUCAAAAGCCUCUGAUGCAUGUCCGGCAUGACAAGUGUAACUGUACUGCAACGUCUGCAAGACAAAGUUACACUGACACAGUUGUGUUCUUGUAUAUAUCUCUUCAUCUGGGUGUCGGGCGGCACCGCGGACGGGUGUUUCCCGGGGCCGGAGCCCGCCGUGUGGCACCGGUGGCGGGCGGAAUAUUUGGACUUCCUCGAUUUGCUCGCGGUGAACGUGAUUUUACUCUACAGCUUCGACCACGUCGCGGUCUUCGCGCGGCACUGCAACGAACAGCCGGGGGAGAGAAAAAGCUUGUUUUUUGAAAAUGAAGAGGAAAAAAAAACCAAGCGGAAAGCCGAGUGGUCGUGGCGGGAAGCUAAUUGGGCCAAGCUGCUGCUGCGAGACAUGGUACGGAACAGUCCCCAGAGUCUGGUGUUGAGCUCAUUAGGCCGCGGGGGAAAAAAUCUUCAUAAGGGCGACGCAACAACAGACGGCUCAGCUAGUACUUCAACUUCGCGGCAUGAUAUUAUAACUGAGCCACCUGCUACUCCCGAGGACGAGAGCAACACCUUCUUCACCUCCAGAGAAGAUCAUAGUCACAUCCCACCGGAUCUUCAGUCAGAGACCCUAGACAAGGAGGCUAUUGUCGCAGAGUUCGUUCAAAAACUUGCGGCGGACCCUUCGACCGCAAAAACACUGGUUCUGCACGGUUCAGCAGUGCGGGAUUAUGAUCAUCACAAAAACCACGACGGCAAAGUCGUCGAGCAACAAGACAACCAUCUUUAUUCCUCGCCGUUGCCGUACGAGCGUCGUUUUUCGGGCUGUUUCAAGCACGCUUUCAUCGGACAGCACGAGAAAAUCCAGGUCCAUUCCCUCCGGCACGCUGUUAGGUCGACCCUGCAACUCAGCACAGCAAGACUCGUGAUCACGUCAGCUUUGCUGCGUGGUCGUGCCACGAGGACGACGACGAUGAAGAGAGAUGGAGCGAAAACGAGGAGCGACGUUCAUCUUGACAAGGCUUUAGCAAGUAGAGCGUCAUCUUCAUCAGAAGAUAGCCGAAGCCGGUCCCCGAGUUUGCUGUAUCAGCUGUGGUACGGGUCCCGUCCCGGGCUAUUUUUCGCAGGUCCGGAGACCAACUACCGCAGGCGGUUGUCCUAUUUCAUCCUGCAGAGGAAGAUCAAGCAUCUGAACGAAACCGAGAACAAAAACAACUUUCGUGGGGACAUAUCCUGUGCAAAAGUAUCGCACUCGUCGUACUAAUUGCAGUUAGGCUUGACAAAUCUUCUGCUCAAGGUGAAGGAGCAUGACAAAUUCCAUUGCUGAUCAUGCUGAGCAAAUUUGUAACGCGAGUUAUGUAUAUUUACUUAGUACGAUACUUUUGCAAUGCAUAGGACAGCGGGCGGAACUUCGAAAAGGAGCAGUUUGAGAGGCAGUGGGCGGAUUUGAAAGAAAUAUCAAAAGAAAAAAUCCCGCCUCCCCAUAUCGAAUAUGAAACUUGUGAUGCUGUAUUUGCGUGCACGAAUCGAGUUGUAUUGCUAGAAAGCCAAGUGACGCAGUUCUUGCCUGAAUUGCAGGCAAUUUGUCAUGCUGUUUCCCACUUCCAGCUGUCUCCUGUUAUGCUGAAGAUGCGAGGCUUUCCCACGCCACCUAGCACUACAGUCCGCACCUUUUCCCUCCUAGCAUGACAGAGCUACUUUGUGACCACAAAUCUGCGUCACAGACUUGCGUUUUGAUAUGGGGAGAGGAGAUUUUUCUUCUUCAUAAGAUAAACUGAAAGAUCAUGCCGUCGGCUUCCACGGGCACUUUGAAGACAAGACCAUGACACAGCAACUAACCACGGUGCAAGCCAGCAGUUUUUUCAUCGGGUCCCACGGCGCCGGGCUCGCCUGGACGACGUUUCUGCGGCCGUACUGGCAAAGUUCUGCGGUGAUCGAGAUUCUGCCGCAGCAACCCGUGGCGACGGUCCAGGGCUUGUGCCAGCGACAAAACAACUGGGACCGCAAUCUCCUCGCGAUCUACGGGGGACUCGCGCGGGUUGCCGACGUGCACCACUACUGCCAGC